AUGCCAAUCCCACUCAGCAAGUCCUUUUCCCGGGGACACUCAUCCACAUACAGCAACAACCAGCCAUCCGACGACGUCGCCUCUCCCGUCAGCACAGGACAGCCAAGGUUCGGCGCCGCCGCCGGCAGCAGCAACCCGCGCUCAAAGAUGGCAGCAUCCAUCUCCUCCGAUGACCAGGCCUCCACCAAGGCCAGCCUCCGGGCUUGGUGGUCUGCCUUUACAAAGACGAGGCUGCCCGGUGCAAAGGACAAGAAGGUCGCAGUCGAACAGAAGGUGUUUGGUGUCCCACUGCGGCAGUCGCUCAAGUACGCCAGCGUCGCCAUCAGCAUAGCCGACGACAAUGGCCAGCAGUAUGUGUGGGGCUACGUACCCGUCAUUGUCGCCAAGGUCGGGUUGUACCUCAAGGAGAAUGCGACCGAGGUGGAAGGCGUGUUCCGCAUCGCUGGCUCGCAAAAGAGGAUGAAGGAGCUGCAGGAGACCUUUGACAGCCCGCCAAGGUACGGCAAGUCGGUGGACUGGACCAAAUACAGCGUGCACGAUGCCGCAAGCGUCCUGCGCAGGUACCUCAACCACAUGCCUGAGCCCAUCGUCCCGCUCGACCUUUACACUGAGUUCCGCAACGUGAUGGCCAAGGAGCCCUUCGAAGCCGACGCCGCGGUACGGACGUACCGGUUGCUCAUCACGAGCAUGCCUCCGGCCAACCAGUAUCUCCUACUCUACGUGCUGGAUCUGCUCGCCGUCUUCGCACAGAAGGCCGACAAGAACCUGAUGCCGGCGAGCAACCUCGCCGUCCUCUUCCAGCCCGGAAUGAUCUCGCAUCCGUCGCACUUCCAGUCGCCCGUCGAGCACAAGAUUUCGGUCGAGGUGCUCGAGUUCUUGAUCCAGCACCAGGAUCAGUUUGUGCUCGGCUCGGCGCCGCAGCCUUUCACCGGCCUUCACUCUGAUGAGCUCACCGCCGUCUCGAAACCUCUGGAAGGCGACGAUCUCAUCCAGCCGUCAGACUCGGACGAGGACCAGGGUGAGCUGCAGGCCCACGAGGGUGGCGGUGCCCGCCUGAUGCGCAGCCUGACGUCACGCCCGUCCAAGAAGGCCGCGUCGAAGCGUAGAGGCCUCGGUCGGGGCUCGAAGGCGGCCUCGCCCAUCGACGAUGGCGCGCUGAUGGGCUCUCCCGGCCCUUCGACCAAUGGCACGACAUCGCAAGAUCCUCACGGCGAGGCCGCCGAAGGACUCGGAGCGAUUGUCCCGCUCAAGGGCGCGACUGGCGUGCGGCGUACCAAGACGGCACCCACUCGCAAGGUCGUUGACGGCGCCAAUCCGGUCCGUAGGGCGAGGAAGCCGCGAGCCUCUGCGGGCAAUCCGGGCCACGAGGCCGGCUCAGCCUCGUCCGAGCGCAAAGAAGCGCCACCGGCGCCGUCGCUCAAGACCAGCUUUGCGCCGCCCGUACCUCCUCCGAUGUCGAGAGCCGCUUCCAGCUCCCGCGUCGAUACUCAGGGCCUGAUGCUGGGUCAGCUUUCGGCACCAGCCUCGGUGGCGAUGAGCAAGAGUAACACGGUUAACGGUCCGGUCGCGCCGUCGGCUGCGGAUGGCACCAACACAAUUGGCCUUCCUACACCGCCGUCGUCGAAGAUCCUUGCAGGAGCCAGCAACGGAACUGCUGGCACAUCGACAGCGACGCCCUGA